AUGAACAACGGCGGCACACGAAACGAGAACCCUCCUCCCCCCCAGAUUCAUCUCAAAGUUUGGUCCAUUGAUAGGAUCAAAGCUCAAACAAUUCGAGUUGGAUCUCCACGUGCGAGCCUAACAGCGUGGGUAGAAACGUUGGACGAUCUCCUUAGGGCAUGCACUAGUAAGCUACUCCACGCUGAUGAUCCCAGUAGCCCGGCAUUGUCUUCAGCGACGCUUAUUCGUGGUACGCCCGAACAGAAACAGAACUGGGAGAAGGAAUGCAGUCAUUUUGCAUGCACACGGUCCCGUGAUCGUCGCCAGCAGUAGUGUCUUGUCGAAUUUCUCAACCGCCAACGAUAGAACACAAUCAGGGUAAGAAUGCAUCACCGCCAGGUCGAGUGACAUCAUCAGCCGGUGAGACCGAUGCGUGUGUGCUUGAGCCCCAAAGUCGUCGAUGGUUCAUCAGCCAGUUGCGGCAACGGAGGCCUGAACAGCGCGGUUUGAGUCAUCCAUGGCGGCGGCUCAGCGACAUCCAUAGGCGUGCCACGCUGCCGAUAUUCUCCAUAUCCUGCGCUGUCGGCAGCCCGUUGUCAGCGCUGGUGUCAUUCCGUUUCGUUGUUCUGCACGAAUGGAAAUAGAAAUCCAGGGUGUUCCACAUUGCCUUUUGAUAGCGGAGCGUCAGAGUGCAAGGGACCAGGACCAGGGCCCUAAUCGUGGACACACAUCGUGACCUCGUACGGCUGGGGCAAGAAAAGUUGCAAGAGGGCACGAUGCCACUUUGACUAAAAUGGGCGAUCGAAUUGGACGUGCGUGCCUUGUUUGGCCACUAUUGAGCCUUGACCGUUGUGAAUCAGGCCCUGGAGUAUCUAGGGUAUACCUACUAAAAUAAAAUAAAAAAGGUCACUGUAUUGCUCCUUGUGUCCUGCAAUGCGUUGAUGCCAGCGGG